CGACAAAUGCAAAAACGAUUUUGAUUUAGAAACUUUUAAAUCAACAAAUAAAAUGAAGACUUUAGCGACUGUUCUUGCAUUCAUGGCUGUCGUUAACUUUUCAAAUUCAUUAUUGAUUCCAACGAUAUGUACAGGAGAUUUAAUCAAGACAGAUUGUUUCGGUGAAUGUCCACCAAGAUGCAUAGGAGUGCUUCCAAUUGAUUGCACGUUCAAGUGUAAGAAAGGUUGUAUGUGCAAGGAAGGAUUUGUGUUUGAUAACAGAUAUAAAUGCAUUAAGAAUGAAGGAUGUAAAAAUGGAUUUGUUCAAAGAAGAAUUGGAUAGAUUUAAGGAUAUUCGGUGAUGGUUUUUUAAUUCUUUAAUGUAUCUCAAAACUCUAAUCUAGAUUAAAUGAAAGAUAUUCAUAAGUGAAUGACCUUUAACUCAGUUAAAAAUAAGUUUUAUCACUCGAUUAUUCAUAAUAAUUGUAGGAUGAGGUAUUGACUAUAAGAUAUGAUGUAACCAAAGCCUGAAUUAAAAAUAAUAAAAUUGAUAAAACA